AUGCACUUUCUAUGGUUGGUACGGUGGUUACUGUUACCUGUACUUACAGAAUCAGUGGCACUGCUCUGUCGUAACUGUGGGCAUGAAAUUGUUAAAGGAUCGAAGCUUAUCAACGUAAAGAGUGAUAGAGCUAUCCGUUCAUAUAAUAUGACUAUUUUGAAUGAAAACCAGCUUGUUCAAGUUUUUCAAAACACUGUCCCCGAGGAAUUUGAUGUAAUAACCGCCUCAAGUGCUGAAGUUAAACUGGAAGGUGAGUCUUCUUUUGACAAUACGUGGUGGCAAAACUUCGAGUGGACGAUUUGUGUCUGUCCUAACUGUUUAAGUCGUCUUGGAUGGUACUUUCAGUCAGGUAAUAUUCAAGCAAAGUCGCACAAAUCAUUCUUUGGGCUAGUGUUAGAUUAUUUAAUCAGUGAUGAAUAUGUUGAUUCAUUGACAUGGGUACCAUAG